AGUUUUCCAGCUCUAGUAUUUAGGAAUGCAAUCACUUCACUACUGUGUUAAAGUACUAAUUUGAAUAUAUAAACAAGAACAUUUUUAUAUUUAUAAGCGUUGAUUGCGAUUACAAAAUGAGCUGCGAAGAUAGGCGAAUUGUUAUUAAAUUGGAGAAGAGCAUAGCUCUUUUAAAAGAAGAAUACACUAAGCUGCAACGAGCGUAUGUACAGCUUGAAAGAAAGUAUAACGAGGUAGCUUUAAAAGUUGAAGAUGACACUAUUGUUAGUGGUUUUGUAUGUCGCUUGGUUAUGACCGUGGCUUCUCUUUAUAAGAAAAGUAUUUAUUCUGACAUAUGCAUAAGAAUUGGCGCUGUAAGUGUACCGGCUCACAAAUUUGUAUUACAAUCACGAUCUGACGAAUGGAACCAAGAAUUUUUGAUUUCAAGAGAUGAACUUGAUUGGAGUAAUUUUGAAGAAGAUAUCGGAAUUGCUCUACUUCAAUGGAUAUAUACUGAUAUUGCUGAUUUGGAUAACGAUCGAAUUACCUUGGGAUUAUUACGGGCGGCUCAUUGCUUUAAAUUGCAGGGAUUAAUGGGCAUAUGUGAACGUGCUUUAGUGGUAUCUGCUAAUAUUCGUUCAUGUGUAAAAUUUUAUGGUGUUGCUGAAGAAGUUGGAGCAAUAACUCUACUGGAAUAUUGCUCAAGUUUAAUUUCAACGCAUUGGGAUGAUUUGGCUUCACAAGACUUUGAACAUAUGUCAGGUGCAGUGUUAUAUAAGAUGCUAAAAAGCAAAACAAAGUAUCCACUACAUGCUGCAGUACGGUUAUUACGAGAAGAUGUCGUAUUUCUAUGCUUAGUUGAAAAUGAUAGCAAACUUGACGAAAUUUGUAACUCUAUAUCCGAUCAAGGCCAACUGCCGCUACAAUUAGCGUUAACAGCAAAGCACUUUUCCAUUGCUCAAACUCUAGUUGAAAAUGCAUUUGCAGAUAUUAAUGCAUAUGAUGCAGAGGGAUUAACAUUAUUAAUAAGAUCCAUUAAAGAUAUUGAUGAAUUCGCGGCGAAUUUUUUGUUGGAUCAUGGUUGUGAUUUGGAGUUAUCAGCAAGGGAAUCGGGAAACACUGCCUUACAUAUGCUUUCUCAGUAUAAUUCCAGAGAAACUGAACGAGAUGAGUAUAAGUCAAUAAUAAAUAUUAGUGAAAAGUUACUUUCUCUAAAUCCAAAUAUUAAUGUACAAAAUAACCGAGGUGAAACCCCUCUUCAUAUAGCAAUAUUAUCUGGUAACUACAAAAUAAUAGACAUGCUGGUUUCUAGGCCUGAUAUUAAUAUUAAUUUGCAAAACAAUAAUGAAAACACCGCCUUAGAAUUGUGUUUAUUAAAUAAAAUAGAUUUAUGGAAAUUGCCUUUAAAACUAAUAGAACUUGGAGCUAACGUCAACCCAAUUAAAGCUUCGACUCAGGACGAUUUGAUGCAAGUUUUGGCAAAGAAGAGUUUGGAGGAUUCGGCAAUUUUUUUGGCAGAUUAUGCAGAUCUUAGUCACGUCAAUGCCGAAGGAUUUACUGUACUUCAUAUAGCUGCACAAAUGAACUUAUCAAAUUUAGCCGAAAAAUUAUUACAAGUCGGUGCUGGUUCAAAUGCUCAGUUCCACAAAUCUCAAAUGAGGACACCUAUUCACAUAGCAGUGGAAGCUAAUGCUAUUGAUGUUUUGAAAAAAAUUGUAAAUCAAAAAUCAUGCGCUUCAGGGGAACCACCAAACUUUGAUUGUAAAGAUGAGAAUGGGAAUACUCCGUUAAGCCUUAGUAUAGAAUUAGGACUUAGCCAUCUUGUUUCUAUCCUAAUAGAAGGAGGCGCGAAUGUUAAUGCUCGAAACGAUAAAAAUAUGACACUUUUGCAUCAAUCAAUUUUAAAUAAGGACGCGGACACUGCAAUUUUGCUUUUGCAAAAUGGCGCUGAUGCAAAUUUCCUAACUGGAGACAAAAAAUCGCCUCUACAGCUGGCUAUAUACUCUCAUUUACCGAAAGUAGUUGAUAACUUAUGUGCUAAAGGAGUGGCUUUAAAGUCAUUUAAUGACAACAUGAGGGAUCCACCACUUUGGACAAGCUUAGAGCUUGGAUAUGAAGAUAUUGCUCAAAUCUUAUUACGUCAUGGUGUUGAUACAGACUGCUGGGAUAUUGGACCUGAAGGCUGUAGGCAAACUAUGCUACAUCGAGCCAUAGAUGAAAACAAUGAAUCAAUAGCAAUUUUUUUGAUAAAAAGUCAAUGCGAUAUUGAUUCACCCCGCCAGCCUGGUCCAAAAGGGGAAGGAGGAGAUGAAGCUAACGAAAAAGCUUCUCCAUUACAUGUUUGCUGCCAUUGGGGCUUAACAAAAGUAUUGCAAGCUUUAAUUGAUCACGGUGCGAAUGUUAAUGCAUUAGACAUCAACAAUCAAACUCCUAUUCACAUAGCCAUUAGAAAUCAGCACGAAGAUAUUAUCUCUAUUUUACUAUGCCACCCAAAUAUUGAUUUGAGAAUUCGAGAUCAUGACGGAAAUACUCCUUUUGCCCAAGCCCUUAUUGUUAGAAACCACAAAGCCGCAGAACGAAUUUUGGAACGUCUUCCAAAUGCUGCAGAGCAAAUGGAUAAUCGUGGACGUAAUUUUCUUCAUUUAGCCAUACUAAAAGAUGAUCUGGAAGGAGUUCUUUUUUUAUUAUCCGUUCAAGUAGAUGUCAAUUCAAGAGUUCAUGAUGUGAAUCAGUCUACGCCUUUACAUUUAGCUGCAUCUUCGCAAAAUGAAAUGAUAAUGAGAACACUUAUUCUUGCAGGAGCACGCGUUAGUGAAACAGAUGCAACUCAAAAGACACCUCUUCAUAUUUCAGCUGACCGGGGUAAUUUAGCUGCGGUAUCAGCACUGUUACAGAAUAACGCAGACUAUGACGCAGUUGAUAGUGACGGAAAUAAUGCUUUACAUGUUGCUGUUCGUGGAGGAUUUUUAAGUAUUGUUCGAGAACUAUUAACAGAAUCACGAAUUGAUGCGGAAACUGUAAAUCACAAAGGGCGAACACCACUUCAUGAAUUGUGCCGAACUGGAGAAGAUACUUCAGCGGCUGCAAUCUGUGACCUAUUCAUUGAAUGCAUGCCAAAAUAUCCGAUAAAUAAACCAGACGCAGAUGGGAAUACGCCUUUAUUACUAGCUUUUAUGAGAGGGCAGUCGCCUUUAUGCAAAGCUUUAGUGAAGUAUGGGGCCUGUCUUGGUAUGGAAAAUGGGGACGGGGUUAGCAUUUUUAAUUUUAAGUUGGCCACAGAUCAACUUUUACACAAGCUUCUUGAUCAGCUGCCUCAAGAAUCCCCAUGGUCCGAAUCAGAUGUCUGCCAGGAAUGUCGUAUAAAAUUUUCAUUAACAGUUCGAAAACAUCACUGAUAAAUUGUGAAGGUAUGUGGUCUAUCAACCAAACGCUUGCUUAUCGAGCUAUGCCCGAAGGUUCUUGUUGAGAAUUCAUCCAAAGCCGCCAAUCUUGCAGCUGAUUUUGCAAAUUUUCGACAUUGAGUUUCCAGUUUGAUAUCCAAAAUUACUCCCAGGUACAAGUAUGCUCCUUAAUUGUUAACUUAGUCCCGUUAAGCUUCGGAGGUUUUGAAGUCUGGAUUUUGUAUCUCCUUGUAAAGAGUACCAGGGUACAGUCUCAGUGAAUCUACCCUUCACAUAGCCGUGAUGUGCUUUCGAUAUGUUAGCCAAUAGUAGCUUGUCUCUAAUGUGCGCGUCUAAAACCUUUUCGAAUGUCUCUAGAAGGAAUGAGGUUAGAUAUAAUAAUAUAUAUUCUUGCGAAUAAAGGGGGACUCCUUCGCCUGGUUUCUAUAAGAAUACGGCAUUCGCGUCUAUACAAAGAAUAUGUACAUAUUUAAGCCUUAAACAUCCUUAAUAUAUUAUCAUUAAGUAACCAGCGCUGUUGAUACAUUCUGCAUCAUUGCUGGAAAAAUACGUCCUUAACAGUUCGAUUAGUUUUUGCCCAUAUAAGGGUAUUUAAAUGGUUUGUGUUGUGUUACAUUUAGAACGUUCUUCGAGAUAGGGGCAAUAUAUAUUAGUUCCUCCCCUAGUUAGCUCUAGCGAAUUUCUUAUCAGUGUGUAUAAUUAACAACUCACCCCUCUCGUUGUUAUCUCCGUUAACCCAUACUGUGUGGUGAACAUUAGGGUUUGCGCCUAUCACUAGGAGUCUUUUCGCUUAUAAGCGGCAUCUACCAACCUCCGUGGUUCUACCGGUAAUGCUUUUUAGUGUCUCAUCUUAGCCAUACUUUACGGUUAGCGCCAAAUUUCGUCGUAGCCAAUUUUCUCUAAAUUAGAAAGGAGUUCGGCAGAGGCGACCUUACUCUUAUGCAGGUUUAUCCAAAGAAUCUUUACUAAGUUCGGGUUUCUGCUCGCGGUCGGUUUGGCUCUCCGGCUUACCCUUACCUUACCUUCCUGCUUCUUUAUUAUUUUAUUUUAUUACUUACUGUUUUCAGCUAACUUGCGUGUGAAGUGGGACACACUACCAGACUUGUUUAUUUGGAAGUUGUAGUUUAGGCUGCCAUCCUCCUUGCCAAAGUUGGUGACCUCCAAUCUUCCUUCGGCAUAUCAGGAUUUUAUCUUUUAAGGAGCUUUAUGGACUUUGGCACCUCUACGUUGUUAAGCGGUAGCAUUACAACCUUUGCAAAAUGCAAAGUAAGUCACCAGAAAGAGAAGGAUGAAUAUGUACCCCUGCUUUAGAUAGGCGCCUGCCUACUCGCACCACCAAGAUCUGCUCUAAAAACAAAGUGCAGAUGCCAAGUCGUGACGGUGACAGCUGCGACGUCCAUUGUCCAGUCAGCACACGCAAGGAGGAUACAGCCAAGAGGAUUUCCGCCCAUGAAAUACUGUAGUAAAACAUCAGUAAAUAUUUUCAUCAAUAGCCAAUCAUACUUAGGUGAAAGUAAAAUUGAGGUAUUAGUGAAUAAUUUAUUAGUAAUUACAUAAUAAACAUAACUCGGAAUCAGAAAUUGUAGAACAUAACGGGGUAGGAAGGCUAAAAUUAUACCUGUAAAUGUCUUUUCUCUCUGUUUUAAAGUUGUCUUCGACUUCACUUCACACCAGUUUGUUCCUAAUUCAGUGUCGUAUUUGUCUAACUGCUAAUGUGUGUUCACUUAUUAGUCCAUCCAGAUUAUUUGAUUUACAUUGAAAACAGUUUUUAUUAUAUGCUAAUAUUCUUUUCAUUUUAUAGCAAGUCUUUAAAGUAGCAUUUCCCAAUAAAAACUGUUAAAAGAAGUUAAGUUUUCUCAUUUUAUUGCAAACACUUUUAAACUAGCUCGCAUCGCUUGAACUUUAAAGAUCUUAAUUUUAACAUUACUUUAACAUGAUUUGUUAGCAUUGCUAGGUUAACAUGUCAAAUUGGUCAACAAUUUAAUUAUUACUUUCUUCACUUUAAAAUUUCUCCCCAAAUCACACAUCGUAUACCGUCGCCGGUCAGCAUAUAUUAUUAUUUCGACAACGGCGGUUCGGUUGCUAGCUGUAAUGUUUUUAGAUUAGGUAUACCCGCGUGUACACAGAAGUCCAUGCGAGCACUAACCACAAAGCAGUAUACCUAUAUAAUAUAUAAUUUUUUUAAUUUCAUUUUAAAUACUUUUUUUUUUUAUUAUAUUACUAAUAUACCAGAGAAAAUUUAAAGAUUUUGAUUAAUAAAAAAUAAGCUAUCUUCGAUUCGCCGAGAAUUAGAGAAUAGUGAAUCGAACAAACUUACCAGUUGUUCAAACUGCCAGUUUAGCACUUGCGUUGAAACCCUGCGCUAUCAAAUUCUCUGACGUAUGUGUAUUAGUGUUACACUUUUUUUUUAAUGAAGACAAAAAAAUAUUUUUGUAAUAUGUUGUAGCCUUUUGAAAAUCAAUAAAAAAUGUUUGUAUUCUUAUUUUUCAAAGUAAUUUGUCAUAUGAACCAUUCACAAUAGUAAAACUGGUCUAAAAUGUGUAAAACAAAACUUUAUAUCUUGAAGUUAACGGUUAUAACACUUUAAUGAGUAUCCGCGUACUCUCUUGUCUGAAUUCAACCUAAUAAUUUUGUUGUGUAAAUUUUUUGACAAGAUAGCGAGCAGAGAAAUGCCGAAUCGAAGAUAUAUGAUGUAAUACAUAUACAUAAUGUAAGAAUAUUAUUAAAAUAAAUAUAUUUUUACGUUUUAGCCGUCAUUGCGGACGAGUUUUAUGCUCCAAAUGCUCCAAUAACGAUGUUCCAAUACUUAAAUUUGGUUUGAAUAAACCCACCCGUGUAUGCUGCACUUGCUUUAAUAUAUUACAAGGAGGAAAAUAUACUUUGCAAUGAAGAACAGCACUACAUUUAAACAUUACACGAUUAUAUUUAACGCAUAUUUUGUUUCUAAAAAUAAUUAUGUAUAUAAUAAUUAAAGUAGCAU